CUGUGUUGGAUAUCAUGAAAAAGAAAGCAAGGAGAACCGUCGAGAAAUUUUCUUGGCUGAAGUUUCCCGACGUUUGGUAUUUACCUGUGCAAAGUUGAAAAAUUAUCUCUGUUUCUCAAAACCGAGAAAACCGUACAAAGGAAACGGGAAGGAGAUGGCAGAGAGAGAGAGAGAGAGAGAGAGAUUGGGAAGGAAAGUAGGGCAGUGGAGAGAGGCUUCCCCUCUCGAUGAACUCGUAGGAGCCAAGGAUAUUAACGAGGUUGCAACGACAGAUCUACCUAGGGUUUCCAUCUUGCCAUGGAACUCACGGAGUCCUUGGAAGGCAUCAUCGCUGAGCUUCUUGAGGGAACGAUCGAACGGAUGAGGUCUCAUCGAUUUUGGAAGGAAGAUGAAAGGUUACUGCAUUCUAGUAUGGUUCGGCUUUGGGAUUGGGUAUUUGGCCUUGUCAUUAAUCUACAUAGGGUUUAGGGUUUAGGGUUUAGGCGAAAAUUAGGAUUGUAAUGAUGAAGCUCGCAGACGCUGCACAAGUAAGACCUGAGCAGUCGAUUCCAUGAAUGAGAGACAGAAUGGAAGAAACGUAGCCGCCAUUGACGGUGGUUCAAGGAACGCCGGUGUGGGAUGGGAUUGAACUGCCGUGGUCACCGUAGUAUGCGUUGGUGGAUCUAUUGCUUUAGGAGAUUAUUUGGAGGCAGGUUCUAUUGUUUUCCUAUUCACCAUUGCAGAGUGGCUUGAAUCAAAAGCAAGUCACAAGGCUACAGCAGCCAUGACCUCUUUGUUGAACAUGGCCCCUCAGCAAGCCAUCCUAGCCGAUACUGGACUUAUCGUUGAUGCCAAAGAUGUGAAGGUGAACACAAUCGUCGCCGUCAAGGCCGGGGAAGUAAUUCCUAUUGAUGGAAUUGUUGUAGAAGGGAUGUGUGAAGUGGAUGAGAAGUCAUUAACAGGUGAAUCCUGUCCUGUUUCAAAGCAGAAAGACGCUAAUGUUUGGGCUGGCACAAUAAACCUAAAUGGUUACAUUACUGUGAGAACCACAGCAUUAGCUGAAGAUUGUGUGGUAGCUAAGAUGGCAAUGCUAGUAGAAGAGGCCCAAAACAACAAAUCCAAAACACAAAGACUCAUAGAUGAUUGCACCAAGUACUACACCCCAGUUGUAGUGUUAGUAGCGCUCAGUCUCGCAGUGAUUCCAGCUGCAUUAAAACUACAUAACCUAAAUCGCUGGUUUCAUUUAGCAUUGGUGGUUCUGGUAAGUGCAUGUCCUUGUGCACUUAUCCUCUCUACACCAGUCGCGACUUUCUGUACACUUACAAAGGCAGCAGCAAAUGGAGUUCUAAUCAAGGGAGGUGAUUAUCUUGAGAUUCUGGCUCAAAUUAAGACCAUGGCUUUCGAUAAGACGGGGACGAUUACAAGAGGAGAAUUCGUGGUAACAGAUUUCCGAACCAUCUCUCAGGAUGUUUGCCUGAACACAUUGCUUUACUGGGUUUCAAGCAUUGAGAGUAAAUCGAGUCACCCAAUGGCAGCUGCUCUUGUCGACUAUGGACAGUCUAAUUCCAUUCAACCAAAACCAGAGAAUGUUACAGAAUUUGAAAAUUUUCCAGGGGAAGGGGUAUAUGGACAAAUUGAUGGGAAAAUUAUUUUUAUUGGGAACAAAAAAAUUGCAAGCAGAGCAGGUUGUGAGACAGCUCUAGUAGAAGGAAGUGAUACCAAGGGAGGAGCAACAGUUGGAUAUAUUUACUUGGGAGUGAAUUUGAUUGGGAUUUUCAGCCUUUCUGAUACCUGUAGAUCUGGGGUUGUUGAUGCCAUUAUUGAGUUGAAAAAAAUGAGCAUUAAAACCGUAAUGCUUACAGGAGAUAGCAAUGCUGCAGCCAUUCAUGCACAAGAGCAGUUAGGGCAUGCCAUAGAGGUAGUUCAUGCAGAACUCCUACCAGAAGACAAGGCAAGAAUCAUCAAAAACUUGAAGGAGAAACUACCAACCGCAAUGAUCGGUGAUGGCAUCAACGAUGCCCCAGCAUUGGCUACAGCUGACAUAGGCAUCUCCAUGGGCAUCUCUGGCUCUGCACUUGCAACAGAGACAGGACAUGUAACCCUUAUGUCCAAUGACAUUAGGAAAAUACCCCAAGCUAUCAAGCUUGGAAGAGAGAGCCGCCGAAAGGUAAUCGAAAAUGUCAUAUUAUCCAUCACCACCAAGGUUGCUGUUAUUGCACUGGCCUGUUCUGGUCACCCUCUUCUAUGGGCUGCAGUUCUGGUUGAUGUGGGCACAUGCUUAGUUGUUAUUCUAAAUAGUAUGCUUCUUCUAAGAGGGAGUAGCACUACAAAAUCACGCUCUGCUACAUCUCAUGCCCAUAAACACAAAUCAGGAGGUGGCUGUGGGCACCACAAAAAUGUGACUGAACAAUGCGGUACUCACUCAGAAUCUUAUGCUCAUGAACACAAAUCAGGAGGUGGUUGUGGGCACCACAAAAGUGUCACUGAACCAUGCAGUGCUCACUCACACUCUGCAUCUCAUGCCCAUGAACACAAAUCAGGAGGUGGUUGUGGGCACCACAAGAGAGUCACCGAACCAAGCAAAACUCACUCAGCUUCUCUUGCCCAUGAACACAAAUCAGGAGGUGGUUGUGGGAACCACAAAAGAGUCGCCGUACCAUGCAAUACUCACUCAGCAUCUCAUGCCCAUGAACACAAAUCAGGAGGUAGCUGUGGGAACCACAAAAGUGUGACUGAAUCAUGUACUCUCUCAGCUCCUACCCAUGAACAAUGUUGCUCACAUGAAGUACCACAUUGUGAGAACUCUGCUUGUGAUCCUCCUACUUGUUCUGAAUCGGACCAUUCCAUUAGCAUCACUUGCCACAGUAGUGACCACAAUGAUGCACCAGAAUCAAACUUUGAAGUUGGAGAAGUCGAAACUGGAGGAACUGGAAAUGGUCUUAUGAGUCGCAGUAAAGGCCAAUGCAGUGAGAGGAGGAUAGGCCAUCGUGAAUCAUCGUUAAUUGAAUCUGACGCUUGUAUGAGUUUAGAGAAGAGAGAGAUUGGUGGGUGUUGCAGGAGUUUUAGGAAGGAAUGUGAAGGAAAACAUGGGUGUUUAGGUGCUAAAUUAGGAGGAUUAUCUGAGAUCAUCAUCAGUGAGUAGAGGUGCCUCAAGUUCCCAGAAGCCAAAGCUUAAAAAUAUUACUUAUUGUUAUUGUUUUACAAGAAAUUUUCAAACGUGAUCUUAUUUCACUCCAAGGGUACCAAAGUAAUGUUUGAAACGAGAGGGAGCUUCAAUUUGUAUAAUUCUGUAACUCAUAUAUUGAAGGAUGGGUACAUGUUUUAAGAACUAAUUGAAUGAAACAAAAGAGUUUUAAUUUCCUUCA